AUGGACAAUCAGCCUUUCGUAACGUUAUCUACUGGCGGGAUGCAACCUGCGUCACGAUCGCCAAGUGAAAGUCUGUCAGACAGCAGUGAGCAGCCAAAAUCCAGCCCAGCGUCCUCGAUUUCAGCGACGACACAUGACACCAGCCGAACAAAAUACCAUAUAAAUGAGCUGAGUACAUUUGUUCAGCGACUUGAAGCUGCUGCUACCAAGAUCUUUCCCAAUAAAGGACGUUCUCGCUACGAAAAUGUCCAGGUCUUGCUCCUCAGAUGGGAGCAGGAUACGAUGGGCGUUCAGUAUGAGUUGGAUGACCUGGCUGCUGCAUUCGCUAAGGGCUAUGGCUUCAAAACGGAGACUUGGUUGAUCCCAUCUACACAGCCUCAUCUGGCUCUGAUGGGCAAAGCAUUCAAUAUAGUACAAGACUUUGGAGUGAAAGAUAAUCUACUCAUCGUUUAUUAUGCCGGCCAUGGUGGAAUGAAUAGUUCUCGGCAGCCACUGUGGACAUGCACUGGCGACCCGAGCUCUCCAUACUUGCAAUGGUAUGCUAUCCAAACAAUAUUUGAACAAGCAGAAGCAGACGUACUCUUACUUCUCGAUUGCUGCGCAGCAGCAAGCAGUGCUCCAGCGGACGGUCAAUGUAACAGUGUGACGGAAACCAUUGCAGCCUGCGGCUUCGAGACAUGGGCUCCUCAACCUGGCCGACAUUCAUUCACCAACACGCUCAUCGCAGUUUUAGAUGACUGGCAGGACCGUUCAAGCUUUACAGCAGCAAUGCUUCAUUGCGAGAUCCUGAAUCGAUUACGACAUGAAAAGCCAGAGAGAAGACGCAACAUUAAAAACUUCGAGUGUCGACGAACACCUGUUCAUAUUCUCAGUACGGUCGAUGCGAGAGCAGGUAGUGUUGAGCUAUGUCGUCGAAAUGACCCCGAAUAUGUACCAGAAAGCCCCACAGGAAAGGGCAGAGAGGCAGAUCUAGCAGAUGCGGGAUCCGCAAUGGACAUUGAUUCCUCCGAACCAGCAGUGACCGCCAACAGAGACCAGCCCGCAGAUCUGUAUUCCCCGGACUCGUUAAACAAAAUUCUCGCCACCGGCGAGACAGCUCUCCCGCACGUCCUCAUCUCGCUGGCGCUUGAGGAGGAACAGCUACUUGACUUGGAACAAUGCAGGAAAUGGCUUCAACAGUUUCCCGCACUCGCUAAAUAUGCCCAAGUUCAGAGUAUUUACAAAAGUAACUCAACAUUGAUGAUCCUAUCAGUUCCGGUGCUCAUCUGGGACUGGCUCCCGGACAAUCUGGCUUGUUCCUUUAUUGGCUAUGUUCAUUCCACUAAUCUUUUUGCCAAUGACGCUGGCAAGUCGGCAAAAUAUUCAGAGGCUCUAAAAUCAUUCACUACUCCUUCAGUACAGCAACACGUUCCGGAUUGGCAACCUGCGUGGUGUGGUCCAUCUAAAGCAUGGGUGCCCUUGUUAGAGCCUAGUUUGCUCAGCAAGCCUCCGCGGCCUCUUGAUUCUUCUCCACAUAGGCUACUGAGUCGACGAAACAUUGUAGCGAAAUCUGAAAAACCACCUCUCUUCUCGUCCUCCCCGCCCUCACCAGAACCAACACCAGAGACAACACCAGAAAUUUUCGGCGGCUCACAAUCUCCCAAUACCAGCAGACGAAACAGCCUCAGCAGCUACGCACCUAGUUCCACCGUAUUCACAUCUCCAGACGAUUAUGAGCUUCUCUCCUCUAUGGGAGACUCGACCGAUGUCAGCAACUCGACUUUCAGUGAUCCCUGGUACCCAAUCUUCCCACAUGAUGACCAUGCUGAGGGUGCCUCGGAUUCCCCUCACAUUGCCGCCUCGAAAUCGGCAGCUACACUUCUGCGAAAACGAGAUAAACCACUCCCACCCAUCGUCGUCGACGAUCCAAACGAUACAGUUGCUAUGAAACGAGCCAGGAAUACCCUCGCGGCGAGGAAGUCUCGUCAGCGAAAAAUGCAAAGUAUACUGGAGCUGGAGGAGGAUAUCGCGAAGAAGACUGCUGAGCGCGAUCACUGGAAGAAACUUGCUCUGGGGUUGUCUGAUGAAUCUCCGGCAGCGGGUGUCGAUUCGCUGCGACGUUUAGCAGAUACACCUUUGUAG